AGCUGCGGCUGAAUUUGAUUAAACAGAUUGUCAUGCUUCACGUACUGCUACAAUUUCAGAACGUUAUCCUACAUGAGACACCAUUGAAAAACCAUGGAUACUGCAAUCUUCUCCCCUUCGUCUCUUUUCCAUGAUGAGGAGGAUGAAGGGAGAGAUGUGGAAGAAGCCGACAAUGGAAAUCAACUCCAGAGUUAUAUAGAGAGAACUCAUACUUUUCCUGGAGUGGUACUCACUAUUAGAGAGUUCUCAUUUCAUCAAUUCAAUGCAAAUUUACUUUGGCCAGGAACCUUUGCAUUCUGUGAGUGGUUAAGUCAAAAUCGAUCUCUUUUAGAAGAACAACACGUCUUGGAACUGGGAAGUGGAACUGGAGCUUUGGCCAUUUUCAUCAGAAAAUCUUUUGGAGUCGACAUCACUACAUCUGAUUAUGAUGACGAGGAAGUGGAAGAAAAUAUAGCAUACAAUUGCAAAGCUAAUGAAGUAAAGAUCUUGCCACAUGUCAGUCAUACUUGGGGAGAAACCUUUCCAGUUUCCGAGCCAGAUUGGGAUUUGAUCAUUGCGAGCGAUAUCCUUUUGUAUGUGAAACAGUAUCCAAACUUAAUCAAAACACUGUCCUUUCUGCUCAAAAACUACAAAGGAAGAAAUAUGAAGAGUGAAGUAGCUGGAAGUUCUCAGCAUAGGAGGCUUGUUACUGUUUCAGGAGAGGAAUUUCUUCUGCAGCAACCUGUGUUCUUGAUGAGCUGGCGGCGCAGGAUUGGUGGAGAGGAGUCUCUUUUUUUCUCUGGUUGUGAGGAUGCUGGAUUGGUUACUAAGCAUAUUGGAUCUCGUGUAUACUGCAUCAGUCCAAGAAGAGAGACUUAGGUUUCGUUUGGGAUGGCUUUCUUACUGCUUCUUGAAGAUGUUUUAUAGUACAAAAAUUUUAAUCUUUAUACUAAAAAGCUACUUCAAGAAGCAAGUCCCAA